AUGUGCAGUUCAUAGGCUACAGAAAGCCUUGGGGCUGGUGCGCGAGGAGCUUCAAAUAAUUCGCUUAUUAAUUAGAAGAACCCGGUGGCUUUUCGGUUUAGCAUAAAGCAUACAUUUAAAAAAAAAAAAAAGUAUUGAAUGUCGUCGAAAGAACUGAAAUGUCAGUGCUGUGUUCGGAGGUGCGGUUAGCUUCAGCUGCGCUGUAAACCGACUGUUUGCUAACGGUAACUAGUCUAGUGCACGCGCUAAUCAGCCGCAGAGAGCUCUCAGGCCGGCUCGCGCUGGGAUGCUUCUCCUUCUGUCGGCUAGUUCUUUAGCUCGCUAGCGUGUUGCUUUAGCUCAGUUAGCUGAUGGACGGUUUUGCAGGCGCUCUGUGCGUUGUUUGGUUUCGGUACUGGGGCGGUUAGCUAGGCUAGUUCGAACUCCAGUACGGAUGUCUGGGCAGGCGGCUGUGUCCCGUAGUCCCCGGGACAACUCGAGCUGCUAGUCAGCGUAUCAGAACGAGAGUCCGUGCUACAAGUUGAUUUUCUAGCUUUAGCAGGUAGCGAGGCGUGCUAAUUAGACAGCUGCUGGUCUCCGAGCUCUCUCACACACACUAGCUAUUAACGUUAGCUUGUAUGCUAACACACUAAACCAGAUUCAAGUGUCAUCGUUUUUUUUUUUUUUGACUGAUUCAGGGCCUAAAUCCUUUUCUAGCUCAUCCUUUUUGGCUCGUUAGUCAGCAGGUUAUCCUGCUUGGUGUUUUUUUUUUUUUUUGGUUAUAUAUAAUAUUGAUCCAUCGAAAGGCCUACGCGAUGUGCAUGGUUUUUCUCAGCUAACAUAAUUUCUCGUCGUGUUUUUGUUGCUGCAUUGAAACGCUGAGAAAAGGGAACCACCACCACCUGCUACUAGCUGCAGUGCUUCUUUGAGAAAACCCGGAUCUUUUUGUGACCCACUGCGGCGAUGACGCUGGAGUCAAUGAUGGCCUGCUGCCUGAGUGAGGAGGCCAAGGAGUCGAAGAGGAUCAACGCCGAGAUCGAUAAACAACUUCGCCGAGACAAGCGAGACGCGAGGAGGGAGCUCAAACUACUCCUCCUGGGCACAGGUGAGAGUGGCAAGAGCACCUUCAUCAAACAGAUGCGCAUCAUUCAUGGCUCAGGCUACACCGACGAGGACAAGCGCAGCUACACCAAGCUCGUCUACCAGAACAUAUUCACGUCCAUGCAGGCUAUGAUCCGUGCCAUGGACCACCUCAAGAUUCUGUACAAGUACGAGCAGAACAAGGCCAAUGCUCUCCUGGUGAGGGAGGUGGAUGUGGAGAAGGUGUGCUCUUUCGACCAGCCCUACAUCAACGCAAUAAAGAUGCUGUGGGCCGACCCGGGGAUCCAAGAGGCCUAUGAUCGCAGGAGAGAGUAUCAGCUGUCUGACUCCACCAAAUACUAUCUAAGUGAUCUGGAUCGUAUUGCAGACUCAUCCUAUCUACCAACCCAGCAAGAUGUUCUUCGGGUCCGUGUCCCAACUACAGGGAUCAUUGAAUACCCUUUUGACUUGCAAAGCAUCAUUUUCAGGAUGGUGGAUGUGGGGGGCCAGCGUUCAGAGCGCAGGAAGUGGAUCCACUGCUUUGAGAAUGUUACCUCCAUCAUGUUCCUUGUUGCCCUGAGCGAAUACGACCAGGUCCUGGUGGAGUCAGAUAAUGAGAACCGAAUGGAGGAGAGCAAAGCCCUUUUCCGGACAAUAAUCACCUACCCCUGGUUUCAAAACUCCUCUGUAAUUCUGUUCCUCAAUAAAAAGGACCUGCUGGAGGAAAAGAUCAUGUACUCUCACCUGGUUGACUACUUCCCAGAGUUUGAUGGUCCACAGAGAGAUGCCCAGGCGGGACGCGAGUUCAUCCUGAAGAUGUUUGUGGAGCUGAAUCCUGACAGCGACAAGAUCAUCUACUCGCACUUCACCUGCGCCACGGACACCGAGAACAUCCGCUUCGUCUUCGCCGCCGUCAAAGACACCAUCCUGCAGCUGAACCUCAAAGAAUACAACCUGGUCUGAGGGAGAAGAGGAGUGAGAAAGAGGGACACCUGCAGCCCAUGCACAACACGAUUUUUAAUGUAUCCUACAUACAUCCACGCUCAUAACAUAAUCACGAUUUAGACUGACACAGCUCUGCUCUUUUCAGGCACAGAUGUUUUCAUUUGGGUUUUUUUUUGUUUGUUUCUGAAGGUGUUAUCAGUUGCUGCAGGCAGCGUCUUGCCUUAUCCCAUCAGCUGAUAACUCCACUGCUUGUCCCUCCUGAUUGCCUCUCUAAUGAGAGCGCUAUGGCACUUAGUCUGUGUGUGUGUAUGUGUGUGUGUGGUGGCGGCGGCGCUCAAAAGGGGCACGGUAGCUGGAUUGCACUCGAGUUGCUCCAUCUGAGGUGAGGGUUGAUAUAAGAACCUCAUCAGAUGAGACCCUGGCCUUGAUCUUAGGAGAAAGUGGUUGGAAUGGAGGUAUAACUGCAGCUCCAUGUGAAAUGCCAAGCUGUUGAAACAGGCAACAUUCUAACAGGGCAUUGAGUGCAGGUUUUUUUUCUUUUCUUUUCUUUCUUUCUCCCUUUUGUUUUCCCCCCUUGUGUGCCUCUCCAAGGCUAAACCUCACCUUGCAUCUUUGAAUGUAACUUGGUUUGAUUUUUAACAUCUAACCGGAUGUUAAGACAUUUCAUGUCGAACGGCAGAGACCGUGUGCAUUUGAGUUUUGUAUAUUAAGAAUAAGUUAAACAUUUCUCACAGCCACUGCUGUAGUAAAGAAAAGGUUAUUUGUGAGUUAUGUGAAAAUGGGUUUCUUCCAAGUUAAUGGGGUAGAUCAGUGCGUGUCGUCACCUUGCCACGAUUGCAUAUGUAGUUUUAGAGGUCCUUUAUUAACAAAACUGUAUAACUUGCAGUGGGUUUCCUCCUCCAUCUGUACCAUUUUGCCAAAUUUGUAUUUAGCUACUUUGAAGUUGAUUUGUUUGCUAUGUUUUUGCCAGUAUUGGUUGCCUAUUUGGUACAGUUGAAGGGAUUUAAAAAAUGAUCUAUAAUGUAUUUAGAGGUUUGCAAAACACAAAUUGUAUCUUCUGUAUGUUUACAUGCAUUGUUAAGAAUCAUUAGUUUCAAUAUAACCCAGGUGUUAUUUUGCCACAUAGUAUCUAUUAUUUCAAAAAAUGUGAUUAUGGUUAUUAAAAACUGUUGUUAGAGUGCAUCAUGCUUACUUCAUGGUGAAAUUUAAGAUCUUUUCAAUAGACAGUGUUUGUGUGGCAACAGUUUGAAGUAAACUCUAAAAGCAGUAUGAUUCCAUAGCGUUCAAACUGCUGGUUCCAUGAAGAACGUUUCUGUGGCCGAUUAUCGUUCUACACAAGCGUGCUGUACGAAAGUGAAAAUCGAUCUUUUUCUAUUUAUGUAAUUUAUGGACCAGAUAUAUAUAUUAAAAAAAAGUGUCAAUAGGACUUGUUUCCCCUCCAAUGAUUGUUUGAAAUGAAAGGGGAGGAGUCCAGACUGCUGUAAACUCUAGGCUAAUGAUCUACUUUUCUUUCAGUAUUUUGUACAUGCUUGUCUUUUUUUUUUUUUUUUUUUUUAAAGAUGCUUGACAAUGGAAAGUUGAAUUGCCGUUUCAGAAAUGUGCUUUAUGCAAAUAGGAAAUGUAAGAAUUUGUUAGUGGUUAAAUUCUUAGUAGGCUGUCCAUUGUAACCCGAAAGGUUCUGCUUGGUAUUGAUUUUAGUACCAUAUCCUUGUUAUUGCUUGAUGACUGAAUUUCAUAGCUGUUGUCAUAAGAUUUUUAUUUUUUUCUUUCUCCCUUUGCAAUGUAAUUCAGGUCAGUUUUCAUACUUUCAUUAUAAGGGCUAAUUAUAGGUGAUAUUGACAGAAUGCAAGAAUGCUAUUUAGUUUAAAACAGCAAUAGGUGCAAUGAAGCGAGUAGCUGCAUGGGGGUGGCGUGCUCAUGUGUGUAUGAGGGGAUGAUUAUGGUCUCCACAGCUUUAGCUUUCAAAACAUGCUAGGGAUACACCUGACAAAUCAUACGUUUGAUUCCAAUGUGAUGGGUUGAUGUGUGUGGUGGUGGUGUGUAGGAUGGACUGCACAUUGAAAUGUGGGUUUAGUGUAGGAGAGGAGUUCAAGUGAAUAAGGCAACAUGCUACACCAUUCCAUUUUCUGUUAUCUGGCAUAUUUAUGCAAUUUUUGGUUUGGUACAACAGAAUUCCCUAUGAUCCCUGCACCAUACACGGGGCCCUGUUGGGGGGGGGGGGGCCUGUUAGGACAGCCCCCCCCAAAUGGUGGCACCUCUGUUUGAUGAUAAUCGUAUAGUAAAGCUGGAUGUGCCAUCACCAAUGGUAAAACAACUUGCUUUGGAUUAUAUUCCCUUCCUCAUCUGUGAUCUGUGUUUUUUGGUAUUUUGUUGUUAACAGAACACAGGUUGUGCAAUUUAAGAACGGGAUCAGUUCAAAUCUUGUUAGAGCCACAGAAAUCACAAAUAAUGCAAAAUGUAAUACUUUUUUUGCGCCUGUUUUCCAGAAACCUUUUAAUCUAUGGCUUGUGUUGCACUGCACGUGCUGUUCUUUGAGUGUUUCUAGACUGUAAGCCCUGUCUACACAUGACUUGCAUUUAGAUGUAGAAGGUUAAUGAUGACUGUUCAUCACGUGCUUUGUUUGUCACAUGGGUGGGUGAUGGAUUCAGGUGCCAGGCCUCUGCUGCUGUAACUUUUUUUUUUUUUUAAACUUCCUUGAAAUGUGCAGUUUAUAGUAAGAUUCAUCUUUUAGCUCCUUCAAACUCUAUCAAUCGUACUUUUUCUAUGUAUGGGCAAGUUGUGCCAACGUAACAGUAAUAUGAAGACCCACCAUAUUUAGCCAUGCAUCUCUGAUUAUAUGAAAUGUACUUGUUUAUAUUGAUAUGAACGCUAAGGUUUGACUGCAUUGUACAGAAGCUGCAUACACUAGAUCUUAUUUCUCACUAAAAGGAAACACUACAGACAUUCUUGUAGGUCACGUAUUGCAAAAACAGACUUUCUACCACAUGUAAGCAUUACUCUUUCAUGAUCUCCAAAGGGCAGCAGAGACGUUUGUCCAGCUGCUGUGUUCUCAAUGUUGUUUUGUUCUCCUUGGGUCAGUGCACCAAACCUGCUUUAGCACUAAUUGCUGCCGCCGUUUAUCUUUUUGGUUGAGCACAUUCCUGGUACUUGGAGAUGUGAACACUAAUUAACGGAAUGGAUGCUUUUGUUUGAGGUCCAUACUGAUGUGAUGGAUAGGAAAUAUGAAGCUAACUUUCUUUUUAAUAAUUAUUUACUUGUAUGUAGGACCACUUUAGUUUUUUUUUUUUUUUGGUUGCAUUUUUGAUAAAAAAAAAAAAAUACGGUGUAUAAAUUCAGUGUUUUUUGUUUGUUUGAUUUAGCUUUUUUUUUUUAAGCAUACCAAAUGUAAAUGAUGUACUAUAAUGUGUGCCAAUCCCCUUUCUUUGUAGAGCCAGACUUUUAACAAGUGCCAAUAUUGUGUAAAACCAUAAAAAGGACUUCGUUAAUGUAUUUUAUGGUCCUGUUUUUAAAACAAACACCAAGUAUAUGAUUAAGUUAAACAGAUAAAGGACACUUCUCUUGCGUAUUUAAAGUUAAAGAUGCUAAACUUCUGUUUUUAACUGAGAUUCCAUUUUAAAUGCAUGUAUGUCUGAUUUGC